GACUGACAAAGUAAAACGUUAAUUUGGAAUACCAUGGGCCAACCACUUUCCUCCCCAAAAAAGAAUAAUACUUCUACUUUUGUACAUAACUUGACCACUUGACGACAAAAUAGUGGGACCCAACACUAAACAAACUACUUAUCAAAAUCAUGAAUUACACGUGGGAGCCUGCAACGCCAACACGUGUCAAAGAAUGGAUAUAUCUUCGGGGAUAUUUUUUGGGCCAACAGAAGAAGAUAUUUCGAUUCGCAAGACAAUUGGACACGUGGCGCCCAACGAGUUUAUACCCGAUUCCAUUCCGCUGAUCUACAAUUCCUGGAUUCACGAUCUAAGUAUCCAAGCAAUGACAUGCUAACACGCGUCGAUCCGCAAAUAGAAAUUCGACACGUACCCCUGUACUGUACUCUCGUCCCCCAUAUAUAUAAGCUCGCGCGACAGCAUCGCCUUCAUCUCGAUUGUUCAUAAAUUUUUUUUUCAAAAAUACAUUCUAGCAUUGUCCCGAUGAGUUUGAACCGGCGACUCAGACCGAACCCGCCGAGUCAGAGGUCCGAUUCAGAUGACCUCGGAAUUCUCAACGAGCGGAUACUCUUCCUCGUCUUCCGGUCCAUGAAAUGGGAUAUUCAGGCGCUCUGCUCAACCGCGUCGGUGAACCACAAGCUCCGAGCAAUCGUGAAGAGGCUGCUGUGGCGGGAGCUCUGCGCGCAUAGCGCCCCUCGCAUGAUAGCGUCGCUGGAGAACGCUUCGCCGAGCGGUCGAAUCGGCGGCGGAUGGCACACGCUCGCGAAGCUCAUGUUCUUUUGCUGCGGCUGCGAGCCGACUCGGAAUUUCAAGGUGAGUCGACCCACCCCGGGCCACUUCGUCAAAUCGUCGAGGUUCUCUAAGACUUCGGGUCAGAGCUUCUUGACGAAGCGGUGCCGGGGCGAUUUGCUGUACGUCAGCGACCCGUGCGAGCAUCAGAUGGGGGAGAAGGAAGACGAUUUGGGGAUUUACAGAGGGGUAUUUAAGGGAUUUGACAAGUCAAAGACGAGGGCGUAUUUGAUCGGACGGCGAGUAAAGCUUGAAGAAAGGGUGAGAUGUCCUUACUGUGGGGCCCCCGAGUGGAGCAUGACCACGGCUGGGCUGGUGCCCAAGAGCGCGGCCCGGAGGCUUGGCUCGCAUCAUGGGGCGUUGGAGUAUUUUGUGUGUGUGAACGGGCACAUGCAUGGUUCGUGUUGGCUGGUGCCUUUGUCGUCCGAUGAUAAUGAGGAUGAUGAGAUGGACGGUAGUGAUGACUCCGAUUUCGAUGAUAAUGAUGGUGGAGUCCGCAGAAUUGGCUACGACGAUCGGACGGCCACAAAUGGAAGUAUGUGCUCUAUGGGGGAGGAAGUUGUGGUGGACGGGCCCGCAAAGUAACUGCCCUUUGGGGCCCGUUUUGAUGGGUCGAUGUUGGACCGUUGCUUUUGGUUUCUCUCCGGUGAUUCCUAUCCUUUCGGCGUCGGUUGCUGAUGUGGAGAUUUUUUGGGUGUGGGAUGACGUGGAGAUUGGAUAACAUAAAUUUAGGCUGACGUGUAACAUUUUUGUGGAAAUUAUUUGUGUGAGUUCCGUUCCGCUGCUUUUUUUUUUUCUCUACUCUUUUCUUUUUGUUUAUUUUUAAUUUAUUUUGCUCCACAGCUGGAUGGAGCUUAGUAGUGUGUGAUAGGAUAUUGGAUUUUAUGUAGACAUUCUGGUUUGUCGAUUA